AUGAUCAAUAGCAUGGCUUCGAAGCGCAAUUCGCGAGCCUUCGUAGACGACCACGCACACCCCACAGAGGGCCAGCAAACGCCCAACAACACGCAAUUUCGAUCAAGACAAGGCUCUCGCAGCGCCUCCAAAGAAGACAUGAAGCAAGAAGUCGAGGAAGUUAUCUCAAGUAUGAACCGCUCCCAGAGCGCCACCGCUAUCGCAAUGGAACCCUCUCUAUCAACACAAAGCAGCGACAGUGACUCACGCUCUUCAUCCAUAUCACGAGGCGGCCGAGUCCAAUCAUCCGAGCACGUUGCAUCUCUCGACGGCCGACCUUUCAACUUUGGAAUUGUGAUUCCCGGCGUUUACCGAAGCAGCUUUCCCAAGUCACACGAUUUCGGUUACAUCAAGGGCUUGGGAUUGAAGACCAUUGUCUCACUUGUCAAGAAGGAUGACCUUGACCACGAUCUCGAAACUUUCAUCACCAGCGAGGGUAUUCGACAAGUCGUCUUCAAUAUGAAGGGUACCAAGAAGGAGGCCAUCCCACUCGACACCAUGAAGGGUAUUCUCAACGUCGUUCUCGACCAAUCAAAUUACCCUCUUCUCAUCCACUGCAACCAUGGAAAGCACCGAACUGGUUGUGUUGUUGGUGUCGUCCGCAAGAUCACCGGCUGGGACGUCGCGAGGGUUGUCGCCGAGUACAACACCUAUGCCGAGCCCAAGGCUCGCGAAGUCGAUGUCACAUACCUCCAGGGCUUCGAAGUCUCAAGUCUGGUCCUCUCCAACACACUGCAACGAGAGAUUUGCUCAAGACGCAACCGACUACAAUCGCGCACCUUCUUUCGGGCCAUCGUCUUCUCCACAUGUGUAAUGCUUGUGUGGUUCAUGUCUGGAGUGAGGAUGACCAACGUUACCCCAUCAGGUCCUCUCUGA